AUGGGCAGCCCGGCGGGCGGGCCCGCCAAGCGCGCGCGCUGCGAGGGGCCCCGCGGCGCCGGCGGCGACCCGCGGCUGUGGGACACGGAGCGGCUCUGCCAGCACCUCGCCCGCUGCGGCGUGGGCGAUCCCAGCCUGCUGCGCCGCUUCCGAGAGAGCGGGGUCACCGGGAGGAUGCUGCUGGACCUGCCGGCCUGCGCUCCCGAGCUCAUCCGCAUCUGCUGCCCAGCUGAGCGACUGGAAGUGCUGGCGUGCCUGACACAGCUACAACAGCAGCACAUGGAGGUGAUGAAGGUUUUUAAUGAUCCUAUUCAUGGGCACAUUGAAUUGCAUCCUCUGCUUGUUCGGAUCAUCGAUACCCCUCAGUUCCAGCGCCUCCGGUAUAUCAAACAGCUGGGUGGCACGUACUUUGUUUUUCCAGGAGCCUCUCACAAUCGCUUUGAACACUCUCUGGGGGUUGGCUACCUUGCAGGAUGUCUGGUUCGUACACUGAAGGAGAGACAACCAGAACUGGAUAUAACCCAACGAGACAUCCUCUGUGUAGAAAUUGCUGGGCUUUGUCACGAUUUGGGUCAUGGGCCAUUUUCACACAUGUUUGAUGGAAGAUUUAUUCCACUCACUCGUCCAGAUUUGGAUUGGAAGCAUGAAACUUCUUCUGUUCAAAUGUUUGAGCACUUGAUCACUUCCAAUAAACUAGAAGAAGUCAUGAAGUCCUAUGAUCUUAACCUGGAAGAAGAUAUGUUGUUCAUCAAGGAACAAAUAGGAGGGCCUAUAGAUGAAACUGCCUGUGUGAAAUCGUGGCCCUACCGUGGUCGACCAAAGGAGAAAAGUUUCCUCUAUGAGAUUGUAGCUAAUAAAAAAAAUGGCAUUGAUGUUGACAAGUGGGAUUAUUUUGCAAGGGAUUGUCAUCACCUGGGAAUCCCAAAUAAUUUUGACUAUAAGCGAUUGCUUGUCUUCACUCGGGUCUGUGAAGUGGAAAACCAGAAGCACAUCUGCACCCGUGACAAGGAAGUUGGAAAUUUGUAUGAGAUGUUCCACACCCGGAAUUGCCUGCACCGGAGAGCAUACCAGCAUAAGACUGGCAACAUCAUUGAAAUAAUGAUAACAGAAGCCUUUCAAAAAGCAGACAAAUUUUUUGAAAUAAGAGGUUCUGGAGGAAAAGUGUAUCAGAUUUCUACAGCAAUGGAGGACAUGGAAGCCUACACUAAACUAACUGACUCUGUCUACCUGGAAAUUCUGCACUCAAGUCAUCCAGAACUGGAGGAGGCACGAGAAAUUUUGCGUAAAAUAGAACGACGUGAAUUAUACAGGUUUUUAGGAGAGACUCGACCUGAAUCAAAGAAGGAAAUUAUAAAGAGUAACAGCCUGGCAGAAAGCAUUGCUAAUUCCAAGCCAGAGAAGGAUCCUCCAGAUGUGGAGCUAAAGGCUGAGAAUUUCAUAGUUGAUGUUAUCAGCAUGGAUUAUGGAAUGAAGGAACAGAAUCCAAUUGAUAAGGUUCACUUCUAUUGCAAGGCUGAUCCUUCCAAGGCAGUCAAAAUCAGUAAAGAGCAGGUUUCAAAGCUUUUACCCAGAAUAUUUAUGGAGCAGGUUGUCCGGGUUUAUUACAAAAGUCAGGAUCCACAUAUUAUUUCAGCUGCAAAACAGUACUUUGUUCAGUGGUGUAUGCAGAAUGAUUUCACCAAACCACAGGAUGGUGAUAUUGUUGCUCCUCAUCUAAUUCCAAUGAAGGAAACCUGGAAUAAGAUGACAGAUAAUGAACACAGGAGAGCCUCAGAACCCAGCUGCGAACAAAGGCUUCCUUUUGAUGAGUAACAGGCUUCUUUUCGGUGCUAUUCAGUCUGCUUCCUCAGAAGAUGAGUAAAUUUGAGCAUCAACUUUUCUAAAAGCUGAUUGGAUGGACUGGAAUAACUCUCAGAAAAUGCAGAAUGCAUUUUGCAAUACAGAAUGUUUUAAUGUAGAUACUUAAAGUACAUAUUCCAGAUGGGCUUCUAAGAAACAACUUAUUACAUCAGAGUAAACUCAGUUCUCAUUUAUUUUUUAAUGUAUUGGCACUGUGUAGCAGGAGUAACUUUAAAAAUUGCAAUUAAUUGGUAUUACAAGAUUUUACUACUCCAUCUUGUCCUGAUCCCUUCCUUAAAUGUGCUCUUGCGUGGCUUAGCAGAAAAAAUCCCAACCCAGGUUUGAUGGGGUUUUUGGGAGGGUUGGGGUUUUCUUAGUGUCUGAAGAAGAGAGGGAUUAAGUAUGCUUCUGAAAAUGCAGUGAGGUAAAGAAGAAAUUACCAAGGGUAGCAUCUUCAAAAUUAGAAAAAUUAAUUUCAUGGGAAAAAAAAUGGGAAGGGAGAGGUGAAUCUUGUGAUAAUCAAAGAUUAAAUUUCUGGUAUUUAAAAAAGCUGGUGCAGGCCUCUUGCUGCAAGUGACCACAAUUUUUAUUGAAGUUAAUAAUGCAUUGAAGUGCCAUGCAGCCUUUUAUUGUUUUACUGUGUAUUUUUGAUACAUGGAAUGUUAUCUUUUUUACUGCCUGUCCUGCAAAGACUGCUCAAAAGGCCAGUGCUGUGAGUGGUUGCAGGAAGGCUGAACUGCCCAGGUGUUUGCCAGGGCUCAGGUGUGCAGAGAGGGCAGUGCCAGCAGGGUUCUGCCCUGUUCUGCCCAUCCUGCACUUGGCUCUGCUUUACACUGUACUGGGCAGACAGGCUUAUCAGGAAUACCUCCAUUCUUGUAUCUGUGCCCUGUUCUCCUGGAUCUCAUGGCUGUCCCUCUAUUAUUUUUCUGUCUCUUGUAGAUCUGUGAGGGUUCUUACAGUUUUCCUGUACUGGUAGUACUGGUGUGAGUGUUCUGAAUGUCUGUGCUGCUGGACAAGUGAAGACCAUUUUCCUCUCAUCUUUUACUCAGGUCUAAGAGGAAUAAAUAAAACCUCAAAGCUCGAAAAAGUCUGACCAUAAAACUAAAAACACAAAGUAAAAGAUUCAGUAAUGCUCAGGAAUUGGAGCAAUCUGUGGCCUUUAUACCUGGAAUGGGGAGAGGGGUGUUUAACCUCUGGCUCAGGCUCAGCUGUGGGUGGCCAGGGUAGGUCCUGAAAAAUAACCCAGUGGGAAUGUGCUGUGAGAGAACUCCAGAACCCCUGUAAUAUCUCCUUUGCCCUUUUUAUUCUGGGAACUGGUGCUGUUAGAGGGAGGGAAAAUGAGUAGCCAUGUACUUCUGCUGCUUAUGUAUCUGUGCUCAUGUGUCUGAAGGUGUAACCUGUGGUGCUCCUGUCUAACAGUAUUUCAGACCUGCAGGUGAACCGGGUAAUUGGUUAGAAGGGCUUGUGACCUCUUUAAAAUCUUUUAAAAAAUUUACUAUUCCUCAAGAAACAAUAUCUUAGAGCGAAGGCAUUUAACUGCAUAAGAUCAAGUAUAAUUUUGAUAUAAUUUUGUUCUUGUUGACUUGAUUUGUUUUUAAUUUGUUUCUAACUGUGCACUUUAUACUUGGGAAAGAUCUUUUAUGUUAAACCAAAAGUUUAUACUUAAUGUUAAGUUCUGAGAGCAUUUAUUUUCUCAACAUCUGAGCCUCUCUGAAAAAUAAAUUUAUAAACAAUGAUUUACUAUUCUUUUAAAGAA